AUGGCGCAGCGCAUGGCGUGGGAUAACUCGAGGAUGGCCCGCCGCUGCCUAGAGGGGGUCUCGCUCCUUGAAGGGACCGAUUGGGAGCAGGGCCCCGAUCGGCAGCGACGUCCUCCCUGUAAGCAGCAUAACCUCCGCGUGGCUAGCCUCGAACCCAGCGAAUCCCACACUUCCAAGGACGCCAUCAUGACUUCGGACGCCAACACCAUCUGGCCUCCUCGCGCAACGCUCGCAACGCUGGUCCUGCAGCCUCCACGAACGAAAUUCAUCUACGGGCACUCUACGCAGGAUGAGCGCAUGCAGACGGCCAAAAUGUGCACUGUUCGCUCACUCAGCGACGCUGUGCAGAGCUAA